GCCGCGGCCAGAUUCCCUCUGAGCUUCCUCCACCCAGGCCGCGCCCGCGCUCUCCCAAACACCUCGAGCCAACCGAAAAUGUCCGCCGCCGCCGGGGGAGACGCGCUCUUCUCGCGGUGCCUGCUCACGCUGUUCCUCCUCAGCCCGAUCACCGUCUUCCUGCUGCGCUUCGUCUCCGCGCCGUACGGCAGGCUCUCCCGCCCGGGGUGGGGGCCGGCCAUCCCGGCCGCGGUCGCCUGGUGCCUCAUGGAGAGCCCCACCCUCUGGCUGCCCCCGCUCCUCCUCCUCGCCUCCUCCCCCUUCAGCCGGUCGCCGCUGCUCACCGCGGCCACCACCAGCCCGCUCGCCGCGCUCCCGCCCGCGCUCUACGCGGUCCACUACGUCCACCGCACGCUCGUCCACCCGCUCCGGCUCCUCCGCCUGCGCCGCGCGCCCGCGCCCGUGCCCUUGCUCGUCGCCGCCUGCGCCUUCGCCUUCAACCUCCUCAACGCCUACGUCCAGGCCCGCUCCUGGGCGCUCCACGCCGCCCAUCCCGCCUCCGCCUCCCUCUUCGCGCUCGCCCGCUGCCUCGUCGGGCUGGCCCUGUUCGCGUGGGGUAUGCGGGUGAACAUCGCGUCCGACAAGGAGCUCCUGCGGCUCAAGGAAGCCGGGGGCGGGUACAAGAUCCCCAGGGGCGGAUGGUUCGACGCGGUGACCUGUCCCAACUACUUCGGCGAGGUCGUGGAGUGGCUCGGCUACUCCCUGGUGGCGUGGACCCCGGCGGCCUGGGCGUUCUUCCUCUACACCUGCGCCAACCUGGGGCCAAGGGCCAGAGACCACCGCCAGUGGUACCUGCAGAAGUUCGGCCGGGAGUACCCGGCGUCGCGCACGGCACUCGUCCCGUACAUCUACUAACUCUUGUUUUCCUUCUAGAUAUUGCCUGAUUUCUUUCCUUUGGAAACUUAAAUAUGGCUUGGAGAAGAAAAUGAGAGGCCACAUGGCAUCGAAAAUUUUACUUUGAAAAGUUUCAGUGCAUUUCCAUGUCUUUCUCUCGCACGCAUAUAUUAAUGACUCUUUCUUUGUUUU